UAUUUUCUCCUUAUAAUAAAAACCCUAACUUUCUCUCUUCUCCACUUUCCAUUCUCUCUGCCCUUUCCUCUUCUUUUCUUUUUCUUUUUUUUUUUAGUUCUAAUUAUUAUUUUUUAUUAGUAGUUUUAAAGAGGGAGUAUUUUUCCCACUAAUUCGGUUCUUCCGUAUAUACAUAUAUAUAUUUUUUUACCUAUAUCGGAAGAUCCUGGAUUAUAUUUUAAUUAUAUUUUCUAUUUUUUUUCUCCCUUUUUGGGCUGAUUUUUGUGCGAGUUUGGUGAUUUUAUUGUAAUUUUUACUUUGUGUGUGUGGUUUAAUAAAACAAAUACUAUGAGAAGUACGGCAGAACAAGUUGUAGUUGAGAAGAUUGAAGAUGGCGAGAAGGAGAAGAAGAAGAAGCGCCGAUCUGGUCGACGAUCUAAACAGAGCCCUUCGCCUUCCGGCUUGCAUUCUACAGUUAAUUUUGUGUUAUAGUUCGCAGCUUAUUUUGGCAUGUGUUAACUCCCUCUCACUCAUUCAUUUGAUUAGUAGCACUGGGUAACUCAGCAAAUCAAUUGUCUAGUGAAGCAUUAGAGCACAUGGGCAAUGGUAAAGAAAGUAAUCAUGUGACCACAUCCCUGAGGCAACAUAAAUUGGAAACACGUCCUCUGGAUGAACAUGGAUUUUCCAAUGCAUCUAAUGUUGCUUUUAAUUCCAUGCCUCCGAUGCAUAUUAAUGGACAAGCCAAUUUAGAGGAUAUGCAAAGUGCACAAAAUCGGAUUUCACACCCAUCUGAUCCUUGUGGGAAAAUGUUUUCAAAAUCAUGUUUCGAGCCCGUGAUUUGUGAAGGGUCAUGCAAGGGCUUUCCUUCUCAACAUCUGAUGGAGGGUUAUGCCCAAAAGAAGUUUUUUUCUCCGCACUGGUCUUUAGAGGCUGUUAACGAUGCUUUAGAGAAAGGAGAUGUUUUUAAAGCUUUAUUUCGUGUCAAUGCACACAACAGACUUGAGGCUUAUUGCAGAAUUGAGGGAGUACCAACAGAUGUACUUGUUAGUGGAAUUGCUGCCCAGAAUAGAGCUGUGGAAGGUGAUAUUGUAGCAAUCAAGGUUGAUCUUUUGUCAUUAUGGACAAAAAUGAAAGGCUCAAUGGCUAGUUGUAACAAUUCUGUAAUGGUAGAGGAUAAGAACUUGCCAUCAGAAUGUAAUAAUAUGGCUGGUGACACUUGCAAAGGUAAAGCGAAGAUAAAUGUGGAUUCUGAUAAUACAUAUCCUGGUAGCUGUCUGCUCCCUGAGAUGGAGCUGAACUCUGAAAGAGUUACUUCUCUAGAGGAACCUAAUCAGUCAGAGACAUUUGGACCAUCCACUUAUGAUCGUGAUGAUGGAUGUCGCUCCUCCGCAUUAGGUUCUUCACAUGUGGGUUCCUCCAGUGAACUGAAUCAUGCUAGAAAUGCAAUAGAAAAGAUGUGUGCUGUAAUUAGUUUAUACCCUUCAAAACGGCCAACAGGCAAGGUUUUAGCUGUUAUUGAGAGGUCUCAUCUUCGGGAUACUGUCAUUGGUUUUCUUAAUGUUAAGCAAUGGAUCUCACGCCAGGAAAUUCUCAGGAAAGAUGCUAAGAAGAACAGAAGUUCAUUAGCAUUUACUGACAAAGAGUAUAUCCAAUUGACACCAACUGAUCCCAAAUUUCCAAAAAUGAAUGUUCUUGUGCAAUCCUUACCUGAAUGCUUAAAAGAAAGGUUGGAGAAUAGUGACAUGAAUAUUGAAAAGGAGUUGGUUGCUGCAAGAAUUGACAUUUGGGGUGAAGAAAGCCUUUUACCUCUGGCCUGCAUUUUGCAUACUUUUGGGCGAGGUGGUGAAUUGGAGUCUCAACUUAGUGCUAUUUUAUUUGAAAAUGCUAUUUGUUCAUCCAAAUUUUCUCCUCAAUCACUCGCAUGUCUUCCACAUCUUCCUUGGGAGGUGCCACUUGAAGAAUUUCAAAGUAGAAGGGAUCUUAGAAAUUUGUGCAUAUUCACUAUUGACCCUUCCACCGCCACUGACUUGGAUGAUGCUCUGUCAAUCGAAAGAUUACCCAAUGGCAUUUUAAGAGUAGGCAUCCACAUUGCUGAUGUGUCAUAUUUUGUCUUAGCUGACACAGAAUUAGAUAAAGAAGCUCAACUCCGUUCAACCAGUGUUUAUAUGUUAAAAAAAAAGAUACCCAUGCUUCCUCCUUUGCUUUCAGAGAAUUUAGGUUCCCUUCACGCAGGUGUAGAUAGACUUGCAUUUUCUAUUUUCUUGGACAUCAACUUGGCUGGGGAUGUUGUAGAUCGGUGGAUUGGUCGGACAGUGAUAAAUUCAUGUUGCAAACUUUCCUAUGAACAUGCACAGGAAAUUAUUGAUGGGUCGAUGGAUACUGGGAGUUUUAUUUUUUCAGGAAAUAGUUCCCCUCAGUUGCAUGGCUAUUUUGAAUGGCUUGAUGUAAUUAACUCCAUCAAAGACCUUCAUGAACUUUCAAAAAAAUUGAGGGAAAGGAGGUACGGCAGUGGGGCUCUAGGCCUAGAAAGCUCCAAAGUUGUUUUCCUAUUUGAUGAAUAUGGAAAUCCGGAUGAUUGUAUGUUGUCUGGACGGAAGGCUUCUAACUUUCUUGUUGAAGAGUUCAUGCUUAUGGCAAAUAUGACUGCUGCUGAAGUUAUUUCUAGGGCCUUUCCUGAUGGUGCGCUACUGAGGAGGCAUCCUGAACCUAACAUGCGGAAACUCAAAGAGUUUGAAGCAUUUUGCUGCAGACAUGGUUUAGAGUUGGAUACUUCUUCUGGCCAGUUCAAUCUGUCAUUGCAGAGGAUCAGGGAAAAACUCAAGGAUGAUUCGACUCUCUUUGAAAUUCUUAUGAACUAUGCUUCUAGACCAAUGCAACUGGCAACUUAUUUUUGUACUGGGGAGUUUAAAGACAAUGAAAAUGAUUGGGGGCAUUAUGCUCUGGCUGUUCCCCUUUAUACUCAUUUUACUUCUCCUCUACGUCGGUAUCCUGAUAUUAUUGUUCAUCGGACACUUGCUGCAGUUAUAGAUGCUGAAGAGUUGUACCUGAAACAUCAAAGAACAUUGAAUAAACUUCAGGAGGGGCAGGCAGUGAUGAGAAAGUGUUUCACCGGUAUCAAUUUUGAAAAAGACACUGCCGAAUCCUGGGAUGUUAGGGAAGCAUUGUCUGCAGCAGCACUAAAGCAUAGGGUUCCAGGCUUGGAAAUACUGGCUAAAGUUGCUGCGUACUGCAAUGAUAGAAAUCGGGCUAGUAGACAUGUUAACGAUGCCUGUGAUAAGCUGUAUAUGUGGGCUCUGCUGAAGAAUAAACAGAUAUUAUUAUCAGAAGCUAGAGUUUUGGGUUUGGGACCUAGAUUCAUGUCCAUAUACGUUCAGAAGUUGGGUAUUGAACGUCGAAUACAUUAUGAUGAAGUUGAAGGCUUGAUGGUUGAGUGGCUUGAAGCUACAUCCUCGUUGGUGCUUAAUUUACAUCCUAACAGACGGUCCGUCCGGAGAGGCAGCCCUGGUAGGUGGAGGCCACUUGAAGAUGUCGCAUUGAUUGUUAGUCCAUGUAACCUGAAUUCUGACAUUACAAGGAGUUUUAACCAGCAUGCUGACUCAUCUGCUGGGAAUUCAGUUAACGUAUCAAACUCAGGCUCUUCAGAAGUUGAAAUCGACCCUUCCUUUUUCCCCCUUACAGCUCAUAUGCUUUCAACAAUCCCUGUAGCACUUCAUGCUAUUGGUGGGGACAAUGGACCCCUUGAUAUUGGGGUGAGGCUGUACAUGAGUUCAUAUUUCUGGUGAAAUGUGGGGUGUAAAAUAUGGUGAGCCGAUUUAUUGCAGAAUGAAAUAUAGCUCGGGACUGGAAAAAGCUCUCUUGUAGAUAGACAUGACCAGUGUACAGUUCAUAGUAAUGUUUGGCCCCCGCCCCCCCAAAACGGUGAAAAAAAAUAGUUCUGGGAGAGAACAAGAAUAAUAAGUGGUUUCAGAUCUGGUGUUGCUUUUUAUAUUUGGUGGGAACUGUUAGGAUGGUGGUUUUGUUGGGACAUUGGUAUAGUAGCUUUUUCAUUUCCUUUUUUUUUUUUUUUAACAGAAAGCUGCUUGUUGGAUAGGCUCUUGUUUUAGUUGGCCGAUUCCAUCCAAAGUCCACUUUUGUUGGCACUAUUCCCCAUAUCUUGUUCUAUAGUUUUUCUUUUCUAUUACUUAUCUUAUAGACAGCAACCCAAUAAGUUUUUGGUUUGGGUUGACAAGGUUAGUGGUUAUAUAAUUAUAUAACUUUGUUUUGUGUCAAUUAAUCUUCUGUGUAUGUUUGGCUGGACUGCCAAGAAAAAGUGAUUUGGCUGGAUUGUCACUUUCUUUGGUAUGUGAUCUUCCUCCAAAUGGAUCAAUUCAAGUGUUGACAUUUAUCUUA